AGAGUGUGCGUGAACAGAUAACAAGAUCAGCUGAAUCGCUCUGCCGUUUCACGUUUCCAUCUUCAUUUCUCAAACUCUUAUUCAUCUUCACAUCUUUCUUUCGUCUUUGAAUCCUAAUCACUCAAUACCAACACGUAUAAGUAUUGUCUGGCUGGCUGGCUGGCCUGGCUGGAAAAUCCUCAGCCGAGUUUCUCCAUCAGAUCCUCCUUCUCAUUGAAUCCAAUCGCUCAAUAUCGAUCUAUUUUUAUGCCUACAUUAUAAAAACCCGCACCGGUGUUUGAUAAUUCAAAGAACGGAAUAUACAUAUAGACAAAAUGCAUGGGGAGUCCUCGUCCGAACCUGAACAAGACGAUUCCGAUGCUGAUUUCGUCGAGAUUGAUCCUUCCAGUCGUUAUGGUCGGUACAAAGAGGUUCUAGGAAAGGGAGCUUUUAAGAAAGUGUAUAGAGCUUUUGAUGAAUGGGAAGGAAUUGAAGUAGCAUGGAAUCAAGUUAAGGUUGCAGAUCUAUUGAGGAAUACACUAGACAUGGACCGGUUGUAUUCGGAAGUUCAUUUGCUUAAGACACUGAAACAUAAGAAUAUAAUGAAGUUCUAUAAUUCGUGGAUUGAUACGAAGAAUCAAACUAUCAAUUUCAUCACAGAGAUAUUCACUUCUGGGACAUUGAGGCAAUAUCGAAACAAGCAUAAACAGGUAGAUUUGAGAGCGUUGAAGAAAUGGUCACAUCAAAUACUAGAUGGCCUUACCUACCUUCAUAGUCAUGAUCCACCCAUUAUACAUCGUGAUCUCAAGUGUGACAAUAUUUUUGUCAAUGGAAAUCAAGGUGAGGUGAAGAUUGGAGACUUAGGACUUGCCGCUAUACUCCUUCAUGCACGUUCAGCCCACAGUGUAAUUGGUACACCUGAAUUCAUGGCACCAGAACUAUACGAGGAAGAAUAUAACGAGCUUGUAGAUGUCUACGCCUUUGGGAUGUGUUUGCUUGAACUGAUUACGUUUGAGUACCCAUAUGUUGAAUGCACUAAUGCUGCUCAAAUCUACAAGAAAGUGACAUCUGGUAUCAAGCCUGCAUCAUUAGCGAAAGUGAAGGAUCCUGAAGUUAGGUCAUUCAUUGAGAAGUGUAUUGCAAAAGUCUCAGACCGUUUGCCUGCAAAAGAACUUCUGCUGGAUCCUUUUUUACUCUCAGAUGAAGAUUUAAAGGAGUCAGUGCCCGAUGUAAGUCGAGACUUCACUGUGCAAGGUGAAAGGAAGGAUAUAAACACCAUAUUCCUGAAGCUGAGGAUAGCAGAUUCCACAGGUAAUUUUCGUAAUAUCCAUUUCCCUUUCGACAUUGAGGCCGAUACAUCGAUUGCUGUUGCCAGUGAGAUGGUUCAGGAACUUGAUCUCACCGAUCAAGAUGUAACCACCAUAGCUGAAAUGAUCGAUGCAGAAAUAGCUUCUCACAUACCAGAUUGGGAACCAACAGAUCUUUCAGGAGACUAUAUAAACGAUAAUACAACAGUUACAGUUACUGAUAAUUCUACUUUGGAAUCUAAAACCGAAGCUUCUCCUAGUACUAAUCUGGUCCUAGAACGGUUACCAUCUGGUAGAAAGUACUUUUCAGUUUCACCCAAGUUAACUAGUGGGAAUUCUCCAGAACAUCAAACAGUACCUUCAAGAUUAUCAGUUGAAUAUUCCGGAAAACAAGAAGAACAAGUCAGAAUCGUUGAGGAGAAACUGGAGAAUCUUUUCAUUGAGCAGAAAAAUGAAUUCGAUGAGCUGAGGCAGAAGCAUAAUUUGGCAACUGAGAAUCUACUAAAUGAACUAACUCCAGAAGUAAGACAGAAAGUUGUUAAUAAAUGCAAAUGAAGGAGGCUCCAGAUUUUUUUACAAAUACAUAGUCAGGUAUGUUGAUUUAUUUGACACUUUGUUUGUGUGCAGUUAUGGCUUUAAACUUGUUAUUCUUUUUUUUUAAUGUGAAGUGGAAAAUAACGCAAUAACCCCCGAUGCCAACAUCGUGUUGUGUGGUUUUUUAGUACAAGUUUCAACCCACGACAGGUUCGUGUUUUCUUCUUCUCAAUUAAAGUUUAUAAUGUCUAGAUUUGAUAGGAUCAACAUUCAAGAAGAACUCUAUGGAAUUGUAUACUUGUACAUGUGGUUCAUGUGUUUGAACUGUAAACAGGGGAAAGAAAAAUUGUUAUUCUCAUUUUAUGGUC